CGUGAUAAGGGAAUUUUAUGUUCAUUUCGUUUUCAUAUUAGUAGAAGUAAAGAGCUAAGAGUUAGUUAAGAGCAAAAUGAAAGCUGCUUGUUGCUUAUUCACAAUAUGGAUUUCUGCUGUUAUUGCAGAAAGGCAGUGUUCCACCAUCUCUCCCGGAAAAGAUCCCAAUUGGUCAAAGAUAAACAGUUCCUGGUAUAGUAUAUUUGAUAUGCCAGAAAGUGCGGGUAGCGUGGAUUGCUAUCAUUGGCUAAGUGUUACUGGAACUGAAUAUGGGUUUUAUGCUGAUGUAUCUGCCAACAAUCACGGAUACGACAAGCAAACUUAUCAACUUCAUUACACAAAAGUACGAACAGGUGUUUAUACAUUGGAUCCAAUCAGAACAAACAAACUGGUGGAAAGUAUGAUGAAAGCCAACGAACAUAGGAACACGCCGGAUUUAGAAGACAAAUUAAAAGCUGGUAAACAGUUUUUCAGUCAAUUAGAGAUGGCAAUAUUAACUGACGAAGAGAAUUAUUUCAUUCCCGUAAUGUGUACCAGCGGAGGGUUUCUUUCUUGGAUGAUGGUCAACACACCAAAACCCACCGUUAGUCACACUGCGCUUAUCUGGAACGCAAUGGCAGAACAUCAGGUUUAUGGGCCUGUGGAAUAUACUUGGCGUUGUCUGGAGCAGGAAAGAGAAAACUAAAAAGUCUGAUACAAUAUUCUGUUUUAAUAUGUUUGCUUUUGCGAAAUAAAGAUUUGACGCACUAGAAAUUAUCCACUGCGAACAUUUUCAGGCCUGAAUUUCCUACAUAAAACAUAAACCUGAAGCACUAGGUUUCUCAUGCUGUCGUUUCCG